AAAUUAGAAUGUCUGAUAUCCGAAUUGAAGAUCUGUGUUAAGGCUGAGACUAAAUCUUUGUUAAAGCGUUCUGAGACUUUGUGGUUUGCGCGCCUCCAGGCAGACGUUUUGGUGUUAAAGUACCGCUAAGAACAGAAAAAUGUGUGUGAACAUGGAACAGAAAUCUUUCGGUUAGGACGUAACAAAUUAAGCUAUGUUGAUGUUGUCUGAAGCAUAACUGUUUUUGAAUAUAAUGUUGAAACAUAUACAGCAGUAGAACGCAGUAUUGAACAGACAGGUAUCCGUCACUGUGUUGUUAACACUGCAGUUGUUCCAAGGAGGUGGGAAACUUUCGUAAACUGUGAUCCAAUAGGCCGACGACAGAGUUCCUAUGUUACCAUAAGUACCAAAGCCAUUAUAAAGUUCCCUGGUUAAAGUUCUUAUGUGUAGAUUCGAUGUAAAUUAGAAGGCUUUUGAUUACAAAAGUUGUGUACCAAAAUCUAAGUCACAUUCAUACAAAGGAAGAAGUUUAUAAACAUGAACUUUGAUUAUGUCUGACGUUUCAAUACACAAAAUAAGGAUAAUUGACAUAAGAAAACAUGUUCAUGCAGGUCGUAACAUAACAUUUGCAUAAGUUGUAUACUUUUGUCGAUUGUAGUUUUCUGGGUUGUGACACGAUGUAGUUUUAGUACUUGCCAACGUUAAGGAGGAACGCACCGCCUCCAUUUUCAACUUUCACUCCAAUUCUCAGGGCUGAGGUGAUGGCGUCAUAACUCACAAUACCAUAAUCAAGACAACUGUUUGUGCGAAUUUUGUGUUAAAAUCGCAUUAAUUCACUUUAUUUUUAAUUAGGUAAUGCGAAUGCUUGCUUGAUAAGUAAAUGUAGAACAAAAGUUCUUCACAUGUUGCCAAAAAAGUGCCUUAAAUACUAGUGCACACCUACAAGCUUUCUCAGCAACAGUCUGCAAACACGUUUCGUCCGUGUUUGUUUUUUCCCGCUGGAAAAUGGAAAGCAAGAUAAAAUGUUUGCAAGUGUGUUCGUGUUUCUGAACACAUCAUCAGCAUAUCGUCAGCUAUUGCCAAGCCAAGUGCUCAGAAUAUGGACAAGCUAAAACACCUUUAAUCUUGAUAUUUUGCAACACUUCAAAACCGGUUGCUGCCAAUCUGACAAAAUGUCUCAGACCAGCUUUAUAUCAUACUUUCAAAUGUGCUAAAAGAGUAUCACCGUACUUCGUUCCUUAUUUCUGAGAGAGUCUAGUCCAGUAAAGUCUGCGAUUUCCUUGUCGCCGCAUUUCAUUUAACACAAAUACGAUGUUUGUGAAUCUGUCGUGGGUUCGAGACCAGGUGAAAAUUCUUCUGUAGCUUGAUAACUGAGCAUAAUAGAAGUCAAGCGCCUAUGAAAACUGUUUGUUUCAGCGAGGAAAUUACAUCAACAAAAGUUACAAAUAAAAAAAAAAUCUGUCCUGGUUUCGAUUCCCGGUGAAGAUUUUGGGUUUGAGGAAAAUUUCUCCCUGAUUUUUUAAUUCCUCGCAGUAACACUGCGUGGAAUCUGCUAGUAUUUUAAUAGAAUGAAAAACGUCUCAAUAUAAUCCAUGAGCACCGUAUAUAUGUAUAAAGCGUUUUCAUUAAGUCACAGAGGGGUGAUAACUGGCAUCAAUUUGAGUUCGUUACCACCCUAUGACGCGGGGUCGACUCGGAGCAUUAUUACGUAAGAAUGAAGUACGUGCCAAGAAUUGGAAUUCGGACUAUGCUGACAAUGCGAGCCCCUUCUCAUCUUGCCAGUAAUUUGGGACGGGGAGGUCUAACAGCUCAGUACUGCUGGGUUAGUCGUGAAGAGACAACGGCUGGGUUAGUACCUCUCCGUCUUAAUCAACGUCCGUUUCCAGUUUCACCGCAACCCAAAUUGUCGACAAAGAUCAUGCCUGGUCGCGUGUGGGCACGCAGCGAAGAUCGAAUGGUGGAGUGGGUCAGCAUGCGGGAAGACCAACUCGCAGGAGCUAUCGAUGUCAUGAGGGAGUCCUUCUUUCCGAACGAGAACAUUUCGAAGGCGCUCCGCCUGAACGAGAGAACGCGCGCCUCUGCCCAGACUGAACGUCUUGCCAAACUCGCCGCCAAUGACGGAGUCUCCAUUGUGGCAGUGGAAGUGGCAACUGGACGAGUUAUUGGGGUCGCUUUCAAUAAGAUUCAGAUCCCGACACCACCAGGAGAGAAGAACAUUCUGGAGCAACUUCGAGAGGAGAAAGACAACGACCCAUCCUUCGUGGAGGUUCUGAACUACCUCACAAAGGUGGAAGGCAAGGUGGACGUUUUCGCUCAUUACGGUGUCAACUGCAUCCUGGAGCACAUGUUCCUGGCCACACUGACAGAAUUCUAUGGCAGAGGAGUAGGUCGGCGUCUGGUACAAAUAACAGAAGAGGUCGCUAAUGCCUUGGCAAGCGGAGAAGAUGUCAUCGCUCCACUUCAAGAAAAUACCAAUCCCUGGAAGAAAGGCUCUGUACCUAAGGUACAAGCGCUUAUGGCUGUAUUUACAUCGACUGUCUCACAGAAGAUUGGCAAUUCGCUUGGUUGGGAUCAACUUGCCAUCGUUAAUCAUGACGAGCUACUCUUCGAGGGAGAACCUUACAGUCUUCGCAUAGGUCCAGAUCACCCAACAACUAUUCUCAUGGGCAAAAAAGUUGUAGCCUAAGGCAGAGUUUCUUAAAAAUUCUGACACAGGAACCAACCCUUUUCGUCACAAAAAUGACAAAACACCCCUCACACACACCCACACACGUAUUUUACAAGUGUAAAAACAUCAGAGGAUUAACGAAAGGAAACAAUUCAAUAUCUAUAUAAAAGCAAUUACCAAUGUGUCAAGAGAAGACGAAGGGCCUUCACCUCCAAUAGCAAAGUCUGCCACUGGACACGGUUCCUAGCCUGUACCACCCACCCCAACCUAACCUAAGAUCCAUCCUCAUAUUUUCGUCCCAGAACCUCCUCCAUCUUCCUAGCGUAUUUUUUUUUCAAAACCUUUCCCACCAAAAUUAUAUAUACAUUCCCUGUUUCCCUCAUUAUAGCCACAUCCCCAACCCAUUAUAACAACCGGGAUUCCAUUAUCAUCACAAUACUGUCACUGUAAGCUAUUUCCCUGAAAAUGUAUAAUUAAUUUUAAAAAUACCCAAAAAAUAAAACCUGAAAAUUUUUUCGGAACUUCCGUAUUCCACAACUGUUAUUCUUUAAAUAACACAUUUCGACUUUCACCCAUUUCAUACAUUUCAAGUAUUUAACAUUACAGGAACGAACUAACACCGUCAAACACAUGAAGGGGUAAAGACAUUUUAAUGUUUUUUCUAUCAUUCAUGACCAAAAACCUUCUCCCUGUUCACUGUGAUCAGAUCUGGUGAGCAGUGGAAGUAUAGAAACAAAGUCGUAACCCUGUUCUCGUGUUAGGAACAGCAUCCGGUCUACCUGUCAGAAAAACAAGUCUGUCACGAAUCGACCCAAAUUAUUUUUACACGGGGAUCACAUAAGGAUGUUUCGAAGUGACCGCGGACAAAGAAUUCUGACGAGAAGGAUUCUGUAAUUAAAAGACUGAUAAAAGCCAUUGGCAGUGGCUGGUCAUGCUUUGCAGAUUGGCCCAUACAAAAACACAUACACGUACGAGUAUCCUUACUAUGACGAAUUGUUCUUGGUGUCCUCGGGGUGUUACGACACACUUGAUAUAUUCAUACUGAGUAAUAGUACAGAAAGCAAGUCCAGUUAGAAAAAAACUGUACAAGGUCUAGUAUUAUCACUCGUUAUAUCGACACUGUGGUGGGGUGAUUAGACUUUUGUGUGUCCCAAAAUUUUCCAGUCCUGUCUUCCUUCGCAUUAUAUCUUUCAUUGCGCCAAAACUGCUUAUCAGCAUCGUUACGCAACCUUGUACUUCUUCAACGAGGCCACAGACAAACAGAUCUCGAAAUCCGCUUCAUAAACGCAAUCAGAAUGCGGUACAACACAGUCAAACUUUCCUAUCUCAAUGCAUUUGUAAUGGUCAAUGAAUCUCGGAGUUAUUUUGCGUUCGCUGUAAAAUAAAACUGUGCCAAACAGACCAACUUUAGUUCAAUGUGAAGUAACACUGUAAACUGAAUUAAUAUAACGCAUGUGAAAACAAAAUGUAGAGAGUAUUUAAUGUAAUAAAGAAGCUAUCUGUUUCAAUUCUUAAAAUCUCCA